AUGCAGACACGACUACUCGAAGUGCCAGAUCUUACCCUAGCCAUUGCAAAGAAGACUGUUGUCGCAAUUGAAACUGCACGAAACGAUUCCAGAACGCUGUCCACACAAUCCGAGGGCACAGCUGCGAAUUUUGUGAAGAAUAAGUCGACAGGAAUAACGUGUUACCGCUGCGGUGAGAAGCAUUUGGCGACACAGUGCCGACAUCGUAACACAGUUUGUCAUAGCUGCGGGGAAAAAGGUCACCUGGCGAAAGUUUGCCAAGGAAAAGCAAACAAGAAGAAAGAACAGGGCGAAGACAAGAAAAAGUCUGACAAAAAGAAACCAGUACAUGCCGUUGAAGAUCCAUCUGAAGACGAAGAAGCUACUUCUGUGUCUCAAGUGUUCGAUCUCUGGAAUGCGUCGGAUCGAAGCGAUCCGUUUCGCGCGCACGUCGUCCUGGAUGGUGUUCCGUUGGAAAUGGAACUCGAUACAGGUGCUGGAGUAUCUAUCAUUGGCGAAAAUGUUCUGCGCAAGGUUCUUCCCCAUGCAAAGCUUGAGACUUCCAACGUACUGUUGCGAAGCUAUUCUGGUGAGCUAACUCGUGUGAGAGGAUGCGUGAACGUUCAAGUGAAGUUCCGUGACAAGCAGGAGUGCUUACCACUCUACGUGGCGCCGGGUUUUUGCCCAAAUCUUUUCGGCCGCACUUGGAUGAAAGCUUUUGGCAUGGCUCUGACAGCAGAGGACACACACGUCUGCGUGGUCUCAACUGUUGAGGACGUUAUUGCUAAGCAUCAAGACGUUUUUUCAGAUACUUUGGGUACCCUGAAGGAUGUCACAGCGAAACUACAAAUUCAGGACGGCGCACGCCCAAGAUUCUUUAAAGCGCGUGCAGUACCGUUUGCUCUUCAAGACCGAGUCGCCGAGGAGCUACAACGUAUGCAGCGUGAAGGCAUUAUCGAACCAGUAAAGACGUGUGAAUGGGCCGCGCCCAUUGUUCCUGUCGUCAAACGCGAUGGACGUGUAAGAAUUUGCGGUGACUUCAAGAUUACAGUAAAUCCGGUUGCCGUACCUGAGAAGUAUCCGAUUCCAAGGGUUGAGGAACUGUUCGCUAAGCUGUCAGGAGGAAAGAAAUUCAGUAAGCUUGACCUCAAGGAUGCUUACCAACAAAUACUGCUGGACGAAGAGUCCAAGAACCUGGUGACCAUCAACACUCAGAAAGGGUUGUAUCGGUACGUAAGGCUACCGUUCGGUGUUUCUACGGCACCAGCGUUAUUUCAACGAAUAAUGGAAAACCUGCUGCAAGAUCUGCGUGGCGUCGUGGUUUACUUCGACGAUAUCCUUGUCACUGGAAAGGAUGACGACGAUCACAAGAAUAAUUUGGAUAUUGUACUGCGAAGGCUUGAAGAAGCUGGACUACGAUUGAAACUUGAAAAGUGCAUUUUUAUGGCCCCUAGGGUGCACUAUUUAGGUCACGUAAUCACGGAGGCGGGGUUACAUCCUGAUCCAAAGAAGGUGGAAGCUGUGACGAAGGCGCCAGCGCCAACGAAUGUGAAAGCGUUGCAGAGCUACCUGGGGCUAGUGAACUAUUACAGGAAGUUCUUGCCUGAUUUGUCGACAGUACUACAUCCUCUAAACAAGUUACUGGGAGCAAAUGCGCCAUGGACUUGGGGCACCGAGCAGCAGCUCGCUUUCCAAAAAAAAGUAAGGACCUCCUAA